UGACUGCCUCCUCCUCUGCCUUGUCACAGCCGUCUGGACACGCCGAGCACACCAUGUUUUCUGAGCAGGCUGCCCAGAGGGCCCACACUCUGCUGGCCCCGCCAUCGGCCAACAGUGCCACCUUUGCCCGGGUGCCCGUGGCGACUUACACCAACUGCUCACAGCCUUUCCGGCUGGGGGAGCGCAGCUUUAGCCAGCAGUACGCCCACAUCUACACUGCCCGCCUCGUCCAGAUGAGGCCCUUCCUGGCCAGCCGGGCCCAGCAGCACUGGGGCAGUGGAGUGCCGAUAAAGAAGCUGUUUGAGCUGCAGCCUGGGGAGAAAUGCUGUGUAGUGGGGACCCUCUUCAAGGCCAUGCCGCUCCAGCCCUCCAUCCUGCGGGAGGUCAGCGAGGAGCACUGCCUGCUGCCCCAGCCGCCUCGCAGCAAGUACAUCCACCCCGAUGAUGAGCUGGUCUUGGAGGAUGAGCUGCAGCGCAUCAGACUGGAAGGCACCAUCGACGUGUCCAAGCUGGUCACAGGGACGGUGCUGGCCGUGCUGGGCUCUGUGAGGGACGACGGGAAGUUCGCCGUGGAGGACCGCUGCUUCGCAGAGCUUGCGCCUCAGAUGCCUGCUCCACUUCUUGACCAGGACAGGUUUGUGCUGCUGGUGUCCGGUUUGGGCCUGGGUGGUGGCGGAGGCGAGAGCCUGCUAGGCACCCAGCUGCUGGUGGAUGUGGUGACGGGGCAGCUCGGGGACGAGGGGGAGCAGUGCAGCGCCGCCCAAGUGUCCCGCGUCAUCCUUGCUGGGAACCUCCUCAGCCACAGCACACAGAGCAGAGACUCCAUCAACAAGGCCAAGUACCUGACCAAGAAAACCCAGGCGGCCAGUGUGGAGGCCGUCAAGAUGCUGGACGAGAUUCUCCUGCAGCUGAGUGCCUCAGUGCCCGUGGACGUGAUGCCAGGAGAAUUUGACCCAACCAACUACACGCUCCCCCAGCAGCCCCUGCACCCCUGCAUGUUCCCACUGGCCACCGCCUACUCCACGCUGCAGCUGGUCACCAACCCCUACCAGGCCACCAUCGAUGGAGUCAGAUUCCUGGGCACGGCGGGCCAGAACGUGAGUGACAUCUUCCGGUAUAGCAGCAUGGAGGAUCACUUGGAGAUCCUGGAGUGGACCCUGCGAGUCCGUCACAUCAGCCCCACAGCCCCCGACACCCUGGGCUGCUACCCUUUCUACAAGACCGACCCGUUCAUCCUCCUGGAGUGCCCGCAUGUCUACUUCUGUGGCAGCGCCCCCCACUUUGGCUCCAAGGUCAUCCGAGGCCCUGAGGGCCAGACAGUGCUGUUGGUGGCCGUCCCCGACUUCAGUGCUACGCAGACUGCCUGCCUUGUGAACCUGCGCCACCUGGCCUGUCAGCCUAUCAGCUUCUCAGGCUUCGGGGCAGAGGACGAUGACCUGGAGGACCUGGGUCUGGGCCCCUGAGCCACGGAGGCAGCCUGCCCAGAGCGGCCCGGCCACCCGUUCCAGCCGGGCCAGCACUGUAGUGGUUCCUCUCUAAAUAAAGCUUGGUUAGUUCCUAGA